AUGACUGGCAAGGUUGGAGUCGCCCUCAUAGGGAGCGGCAUUUUUGUCAAGGAAGAGCAUCUACCAGCAGUGCAAGCCUGCGAACAUCUCGAGUUAAAGGCCAUAUACUCACGAUCUCUAAAGUCGGCGAAAGGCGUCUCUGAAGGACUCGCAAAUGUUGAUCUCUACUCGGAUGACUCCGAACGUAGCUACAAAGAGCUGCUCUCGAGAGAUGACGUUCAAUCGGUCAUCAUUGCACUACCCAUUCCCGUACAACCAGACUUCAUCAAGCAGGCUCUAAGCGCAGGCAAGCAUGUUUUCGCGGAAAAGCCGCUGGCCAAGGAUGUCGCUUCCGGGCUAGAGUUGCUUAAAUGGUACCACGACAACAUUGACACCAAGAAAGUUACCUUCGCUGACUUCCUCACCCAUGGCUCGUCAGGCGUAGCGGAGCAGUGGCGGUACUACAACUCCUUUCUUUUCGGUGCCGAGAAGGCCCGUUCUUUUGGUAAGGUCAUCGGCUGCCGAGUGAAGGUCAGUGCAAGCAUUCAGCCGGGCAUGAAGUACCUCGAGACCGAGUGGAGAAAGAAGCCAGAGUAUCAAGGUGGCUUUCUCCUGGACGGCGGCGUCCACUUCAUGGCAGGCAUGCGGUUGCUACUCGGUGAGGAGGCGAAGGUGGUCAAGGCGAGUGGCUUCACGACGCAGUUGCAACCUUACCUGCUGCCCAUCGACACAGUGGAUGCUGUGUUCAAGCUGGCGAAUGGGUCAACGGGUAACUUCUCCGCAUCUUUUGGCACGACGUUCAAGGGCGGCGAGUGGAGUGUUGCAUGCGAGAAUGGUAGCGUGACUGUGUCGGGGCAGAAAGUCACCAUCAACCCGAAAGACGGCGACGAGGAGGUUGUUGAGAAGCCUGACGAGCAGGGCGGUGUGAAGCAAGAAGUCUUCGCGUGGGCAGAGAGCCUCGUCUCCGGGAAACAAGAACCACGGCAACUGCCAGAACAAGCAUUAGCUGAUCUUGAGGUGCUGGAAGCGAUGUUGACAAGUGGCGAGAAGGGUGGGCAACCAAUCGAGCUGAAGUACCAAUAG